UCUGAAAAACAAACGAAAACGUUAGAGUAAAAUAAACUCUUGAAAUGAAAUCGAAAAUAAAAUAAAACAAGACAAAAAUGUGAGUUGAAUAUCCAGUGUCAUGUGAAACUGUGUAAGAAAUGAAUUUAAUAAAGUGGAUACAGUUGGUCUUCAUAGUGGCGACCUGCGGUGCAGAGGAAGGGGAGUGGAGUGAAGACGCCGAGGAUUUAGUAUCCACGGUGGACGUAGACGCAGUGCUAGGCCGUACGGCUGGCCUUCCGUGUGACGUCACGCCUGAUGCUGCCGAGGACCGCGUCUACAUGGUGCUCUGGUUCCGCGCAGGCAAGGUUACUGGUGGAAAACCUAUAUACAGUUUCGACGUUCGCGGUCGUUCAUUCGACAAGGCGUUGCAGUGGUCUGACCCGAACGUGUUCGGUCCGCGUGCUUACUUCGUGACCGUGGCCCGACCCGCUGUACUCACGCUUGACACGGUACAACUUGACGACGAAGGAGUGUACAGAUGUCGGGUCGACUUCAAGAACUCACCUACUAGGAACUUUCAAAUAAGAUUAACAGUUAUCGUUCCACCACAUCAACUCAUUCUGUACGAUAAGUCGGGGAGAGACGUGUCAGGUGUAGUCGGACCAUUGGAGGAAGGAAAUGAAUUAGUUCUAAUCUGUGAAGUAAGAGGAGGACGACCAGCGCCAACGGUAAUUUGGCUGAUAGAUGGUACGCCAGCACCGCAAUACAUUGGCGAGAAGACGGAUACACACGUGGUGGUGAACCGAUUGGAGUUGCCGCAUAUCAAACGGACACAUUUGAAUACGACGUUCAAAUGUCGUGCUUCUAACACGAAUCUCGUCAGUCCACAAGAGAAGAUGGUCAGACUGGAAAUGAAUUUGAAACCAACUUUAGUUGAAAUUCUAAAUAAGCCAACGACAUUAUCAUCUGAGAAAUAUGUCAGUCUGCUCUGCGUAUCGGAAGGAAGUCGACCGCCUGCUCAGCUCACUUGGUACAAGAACAACAGGAAAUUUAAAAGAGGAAAGGUGGUAGAAGGUGCUAACGACACAUGGGUAAGCAGUAACCUACAGUUCAUGCCGAUGCCCGAAGAUGAUGGCCUGUACCUAAAAUGCCAAGCGGACAACAGCGCUAUGCCCGGACAGAGUAUUGAAGAUGCGUUUAAGUUAGAUGUUGUUUACCCGCCUGUUGUGUCAUUGUCACUGGGCAGCACGCUCAACCCUCACGACAUCAAAGAGGGCGACGACGUGUAUUUCGAGUGUUCAGUGCGUGCCAACCCGAGGGAACAUCGCAUCACGUGGUAUCAUAAUGAUAAGGCAGUGUUACAUAACGUGAUAGCGGGCGUGAUAGUGAGCACGAAGUCCCUCGCGCUGCAGAAGGUGAGCCGCGACCACGGCGGAGACUACUCGUGCCGUGCAACCAACGCGCUUGGCGAGACCGCCAGCCAGACUACGCACCUCAGUAUACAAUAUGCUCCAGUUUGUGCUCUCUCUUCGCCGCAAGUGCUCGGCGCACAACUGGACGAGACACUCAGAGUUCGUUGCUCAGUCAAAGCGAACCCGCCCGAUGUUACCUUCUUCUGGCAGUUUAACAAUAGCGGAGAAAGUCUUGAUGUCGCACCUGCUAAAUUUGGAAUAACAAACGGUAGCACAAGCGAAUUAAGUUACAAGCCGCAGAGCGAACGUGACUACGGCACGCUCAGUUGUCGCGGCAGCAACUCCGUCGGUCGGCAACUCGAACCUUGUGUGUUCCAGAUAGUUCCUGCCACACGACCGUCUCCGCCGCGCAACUGUUCAUUAAAAACUAGCAACAACACAGAAGGAGACAGCAAUUUACUGCAGGUUUACUGUGUGGCGGGCUACGACGGUGGUCUGCCACAGUCCUUUGUACUGGAAGCAUUAGAUCCUGUUACAGGGAAAACUCGAUAUACUGAAUCUGUCGCGGAGUCAGAUGGUAUGGCUUCAUUUUGGUUAGACGUAACACAUGUAUCGACAGGAAAUGAUAACGAUGCAGCGACUUUUAAUAUUCUGAUCUAUGCUAAGAAUUUGAAAGGUGAAUCGGAACGGACACUUCUAGAAAACAUUGCAUUCAAUGACGCAGCUAAACAUACAGAUGGAAAAAGUGCUAUGGGGAAUAUAACCAUGGGGGUGGUAGUCGCCGCAGCGUUGGGGGCGACUCUAGCAAUAGGUAGUAUAGCGUUAGGAGCCGUAUGCUCCCGUCGUCGUCGUUCUCAUCCCCCACACAAACAUCCUCCGGGAGAUAUGCUGGAACUAAGCGACGGUGGACGCAGAUACGUGGUCGCUUACACCAUAAAGCCAUCAGAAGCCAAGACUCCAGAUCCACAACCUGAUAUUUUGAAUGCUUCUGAUGUUGAAAAUCAGCCUCCGCCACAAAAAGUGUUAGAAGCUGAAGAAUGGCCUACCAUAAAGGAAGUUCGAAGUGAUUGGGAAAAUUCAGGGCCAGUGUUUUCAGCAGAAGACCUGGCUAUGCUAGAUUCUACAGUACAUUCUCAACAGCUCACGCCAAGUAACGAAUUAGUAACAAAUAAUAGACAAGAAGAUGUGAUCAAUCAAAACUUACCGUUGGAGUUUUCUAAUAAUUAUAGGCCUAGUUUCAUAGCUACAAACAGUCCGACAUUAGGUAGCCCUAAUUUUGUAUGUCCCAAUGGUAAUGGGAGUCCAACGUUCGAGAACCAUCCACGAAUGAGUAUCACUGGACCUUCAUUAAGUUCAGGAAGCUUAACUUGUUCAACGUUACAAAGAAAUAAGGGCAAAACAGUGCCGAGGAGAAGAGAACACGUUUUAGCAGAAAAUUUACCAGGACCUGAAAGUUGUGUGUAAAUAAACUUUAUAUGCCAAUAUGCAUUUAUUUUUAUAUUCUAAGUCUGUAAAUCUAAUCCUUCCUAAAAUAAUGUGUAUUUCCCAUGAAUUUCUUUUGAGCAGACAGUAAACUGUACCAAAACAAUGAAGAAAUGCCAUGAUGUUUCAUAACCAGAAAAUUAAUUCGAAGUAUUAUAUUGUAUUGUAUUUUUUUUAUUCCUAACGAAGACAAUAAAUAAUUUGCCAAACUGUUUAAGUAAUUCCCAAGGACGUUUCUUUUUUUUAUGUCAAUGUAAAUUAUGUCUGUGUAAGAUCGAGCCCACACCUCUGAUUGAACUAUCGCACAACCGUUUAGUCUCUGUUUCGAGAGCUAUUACGGAGAUGCGCACACUAUUGAAUCUUUUGUGCAACUUAACAGUUAAUUUGCUAAGAAACAAUCGACAAUCGCUCAGGUGUGCGAUAUUUUAGUUAAAGGUGUGCGCCCGCUCUAA